AAAAUCUUUUUGAAAAGGUGGCAACGUAACCUAAACAAACGUGCAAAUUGCUGUUGUUUACAAAAAUUGUAUUUAGUUUAGUUCGCACGGGGGGUUAAAUUUGAGGAAAUAACAAAAUGUUGAAGGAUUUGCAACAAUUGUAUGAAAUGCACACGGAGGAAAUGGAGCUUGUUAAAGAAAGUAUUACGAAAUACCUGUUGAAAAUAGAUGCAGUAUAUGAAAAAUUUAUUAAAAACAAGGAAGCGCUUGAACAACGCAAUGCAAUCACUUUGAUGGCCUAUGAUAAAUACUUCACAAUACUUUCGAACAUGCUAGAAGUUGCGCGAAAAUUUAAUUUUCAUUUAUUUGUAAAUGAUCUAGAUAAAAAGUCAACUCGUACCUUAUUUGAGGCGUUGGAAUCAUGUGAGCGGGAAGUACAUAACAAAUCGAAGAUGUGCUUGAAAGAGGAACAACUUAUCUACGAUUAUACAAACUUAUCCAUUCUACCUGCGGAGGAAAAUGAGGAAAAUGAGAACUCGGGCAAAGAACUAUGCGCUAUUGAAUAUUUAAAAAAGAAUAUUUCAAAAUAUAAAGUUGGCAGUUUAAUAAAAGGCUCAGUUACUUAUAUUCUUAACUUGGACACGUUGUAUUUUUAUAUAUGUGAUGCGGAAUCUAAAGAAUUUCAACAAAUCGCAAAUUUGAAGAAUAUGAUCCAUCUAAAGCAAUAUACUGAAACUCCACCGAAAGACGAAGUUUUUGGUCUUGUGCUUGACAAUACAAUUCUACGGGCUAUACGAAUAAAAUCAAGCGAAAUUAAAACACAAGUAUUACUAUUAGACUUUGGUGAAACAGCCACAAUAACCGACGCAGACGUGACCUACCGUUUACCAACAGAAAUAAAACGAAUACCCGCCCAAGCAAUUUUAUGUAAAUUGACGGGAAUCAGUGGUCGAAAAAAUAUACCUCAUAAGGAGCUACAAAUAUGUUUACAAGAAUUGGAAUAUGAGAGCACCACUUUCAUCAUAAAAUCAAAACAAGAAAGAGAGGGUACACUACUAUUGGAACUCUUUGAAGAAACAUCCACGAUAACACCAUUGACACCUACGUCUGCAUCAAUAGAAACUUCAACUAACAGAAAAGAAUGUGUGGAUAAAAUAAACAACACAAAUCCAUUUAAAACCACUACAGAAUUCACCAUUGAUGACAGUGAUGAAGCGAUACCAUUAUGUGCAUUACCCAAAAAUCCAAUAUUUACCGAGGGCAACGGUCUUCCCAAUGGUUUGACCGCAGAGGAGAUGGAUAGUUUAGCUGAAGAACCACUCAAUACAUCCAACGCAAUGAAAGCGGUUCUAGGCUACAGUCCAAAAGACGAAGAACGCCUUUGCCGUUUUUAUGAUCCGAACACCGGUGCUUGUUUUAAAGGCGCCAAUUGUCGGCUAGAGCAUACCCCAUCACAACCAGAGGGAUGGACUAAGGAUAGUAUACCAGCGAAAACUAUAAUUGAUGAUUAUUCGCCAGUGACACGUUAUACUGCCGGUCUUAUGAUAAAUAUUACUGUUACACAUGUGGGGCAAAUUGAGUAUUUUCACGCGCAAAUAAAUGAUCCGGAAAAUAUUAUGGAGCCGCUCAUAUGGAAUGAUGAUGAUAUACCGCAAAGUAUGCAUUUGACUAAGCCACCGAUGUUGUACGAUAUUGUUCGUGCUCAAUAUGAAGAUGGGCUUUGGUAUCGCGCUAAAAUAAUGGAUUUUGAUGAAUCUGUUAAAGUCUUCAAAGUAUUUUAUGUCGAUUAUGGCAAUUAUCAAAAUGUCUUGCUGAAGCAAUUAGCAUACUGUGAUCGGUCUACGGAGCAUUUUCCAUUUCAAGCAGUACUAUGUAGACUGGCAGAUAUUAUGCAAAAUCCGGAAGCUUCUGUUGAUUUGCGUGAGAAUGGUAUUCGUACUUUAAAUGCUCUUAUUCUCAAUCAUUCAUUCGAUGUCAAGAUUGUAAGUCAUAACGAUGAUUUAAUAGUACGAUUCAUGGGAGCGCCAUACUCUUCAUAUCCAAAAAGACUAAUUUCGAUGGGUUGUGCCAAGCAAUUUCAUUCGAAUGUAUCUAGUGAUACAGAAACUACGCCCGUCACUAAAUCGGAGUAAUCCAUUUAUGUAAUAUAAUAUUAAUCUAAUUUACCGAAUUAAAAGAUUUGAGUACAAUAUUUAAAAAAAUCUAAAGAUGUAAUAAACAUUAGUUUCGUUUCUUUAUAAAAAAAAAAACUAUAUAAAAA